GGACCGGGUCGGGCAGUUUGGAAGUGGGGGUCCCAAGAAGGAGGUUCGAAAAUAAAUAAAUAAAAAUAAAAUACAUACUUUUAUAUUCUUAUUAAAUCGAACAAUGAUGAGAAACAUUUUCCGAAUCCAGGUCUGUAAGGUGCUACUUUUAUAUUAUUUCUCAACUCUGAUUUUGUGUGGUGUAAAUCGACGAGGUCACUUGCCUGCGGUUUAAUUCCAAUCCUCGGUCUUGAAUUCCAUCUCCGUACUUUCCAAGUGGCUCGCUGCUCCGCCAGGAAUGAGGGAAAUGGACUGUCUGUGAGCAAAGAAUUUUUCGGGAGGACCCCUGAUGUUUCUACCUGUCUGUCUGCCCGGGCAGGGCUUCGUGACAGGGCUUCUUCGGCUGUCUGCUGUCUCGUGACGUACUUGAGCCCCGCAGUUUGCAGGGAAGCCCCCUUUGGCUCGACUGACGAGCUCCUCCUCCUCCUUCUUCUUCCCCAUCGCCGGCCUUUGCAAUGAAUCAUCAUUAGAGAGGAUGCUGCGUGUUUAGUCGCGCUGCCCCUUCGCAACUGUUGCCAAAAGGGAGGGAGGUUUUAUUUAUUUUUAUUUUAAGAAAAUCACCACAUCUUCAGAAUGGAGGAGCUUCUGAAAAAGCUGCAUAAGGACGCGUCUGGAAACAAAUACAAAGCCAUUCGGGAUGCGUGCGCUUCAGCGACAGAGUCACUUGAUGCACAGAGUGGAUCAGUGAAAAUUCUGCCAUAUCAGCUAAGAGAAAGAUGCCUUCUACCCUUGAAGAUGGCACUGGAGUCGAAAAACAUGAAGCUGGCUCAGAAUGCACUCGCUGGAAUGCAGAAGCUUCUGUCAGAAGAGAGAUUCAUUGCUACCGAUAAAGAACCUGCAGAAAAGGCACUACUGAAUCAAAUGCUGGAAGCUGUCAGAGUCACACCAUCCCUUCAUGAGGACCUGCAAGUGGAGGUUAUGAAGGUUUUGUUGUGCAUAACAUACUCUUCAGCCUUUGAGAUUAAUGGGGACUCCAUUCUGAAAAUUGCUGAGCUCUGCCUGGCUUGUUAUGUGCCUGGAUAUCCCCGAUUGCAUGAAAUCAUAAAGGCCUCCAUUUCCCAGAUACUGAGCUCCUUGCUCCACCGUGCAUUUGUUGCUGCUGCCCACCUUGAGACCUCUAAUUCUCACAAGGUGUGUACAGAGACGUACAUGUCAAGCUGUCACCAGCGAAGUAUAAACACUGCCGUACGGGCCACACUGAGUCAAAUGCUGAGCGACCUGACCCUCCAGUUACGACAGAAGCAGGAGAACGUGGCAUCCGAUGGCCAAGAUGAAGUACUGUCUGGAUAUCAGCACAAAGAGACUUUGCUAAGCACUGAAGGACUUUGUGAGGAUAUCGUGUCUGUCCUUGCUGUCUUUUGUGAGAAGCUGCAAGGUGUCAUUAAUGAAAAUCAACAGCUCCAACUUUUGUAUCUGGAAUGCAUCCUGUCCAUGCUGAGCAGCUGUCCUUCAAACAUGUACUCUCACAAAGGCUUUACGGACUUAAUUUGGAAGCAGUUGUGUCCAGCUCUGAUUGUCAUUCUUGGGAACCCCAUGAAUGACAAAACCAUUACAUCAGCUCAUGGCGUAAUAUCACAAGAGACGGAAUCCUCCUCAGCGGGUGUGCUUGACCAGGGUCGUGGAUCUGGUUGUUCAUCCAGUGCUCCGACGCUCAUCGGCCCUGUAGCACGCACCAUUUACUAUAUGGCAGCCGAGCUGGUGCGGUUAGUUGGGUGCGUGGACUCCAUGAAGCCAGUUCUACAGUCUCUGUAUCAUCGUAUCCUUCUGUAUCCGCCACCCCAGCACAGGGUGGAAGCUAUCAAAAUCAUGAAAGAGAUUCUGAGUAGUCCCCGGCGCCUUUUUGACCUGGCAGGACCUGCAAUUACUGAUGAAGAAACCAAGAAGAGGUCAUUCUCCAAGAGGAAGUCCCACCUGGACUUAUUAAAACUUAUAAUGGACGGCAUGACAGAAGCCUGCAUGAAGGGUGGAAUCGAGGCCUGCUUUUCAUCUGUGUCAUGCGUGUGUUCCUUACUGAGCGCUUUGGAUGAACUGAGUCACGGCAAGGGGCUUCAGGCAGAGCAGAUCCACCUUUUGCUGAAGCGCUUGGAGGAGCUUAAAGAUGGCACAGAAUCUACCCGGGAAUCAAUGGAAAUAAAUGAGGCAGACUUCCGGUGGCAGCAGCGUGUCCUUUCAUCAGAGCACACCCCCUGGGAGUCGAACACUGAGAAGAGCCCGGAUAUCAGCAUUAGUGUAACUACCGAUACCGGUAGGACUACUUUGGAGGGAGAUUUGGGACAGACCACUCCUGAAGAGGUGGCUGAUGGUUCUAGAGCCGGUCUACCGUCCCCUUGUGGGCAAAAUAAUGGCGAGGUCAUGGGUCGGGAAGUGGAACUCGAAAGUAAUGAUCAACCAGAUGUAAUUCAGAGAAGCCAUGGCCUUGUCUUCCCCGAUAUAACCAACUUUUUGUCAGUGGAGUGCAGGACUCGGUCACAUGGCUCUAGGUAUAGCGAAAGCAACUUUAGCAUCGAUGAGCAGGAUCUUUCAAGGACAGAGUUUGACUCUUGUGACCAAUAUUCUAUGGCGGCAGAAAAAGACUCGGGCAGAUCAGAUGUCUCAGACAUGGGUUCGGACAACUGUUCCUUGGCAGAUGAAGAACAGACCCCCAGAGAAUGCCUGGGUCACAGAUCACUGCGCACAGGCCUGUCCUUGAACCUGCUAAAAAAUCAAGAGGCUGACCAGCACUGUGUCCGACUGUUUGUCCAGUCGCUUAUUAAUCUCCUUCCCCAACUGCUGUCGGUCCACACUGCUGCCGAAGUGGAUUUAUUAAUCCAGAACUUCUCAUCAAAUUUCUGUUCCAGUCUACAAACAGGUGGGAUGCAUUCACCUGGGUUUGAAGGCAGCGACGCUCUCAGCAGUCAGGCCCAAAUGAACGCUGAUGGACUUUACCUGGUUUCCUUCUACACACUUCUGCUCAACCUUAAGCUGUGCUGCUGUGAUUACUAUAGAAGAAAGCCAUCUCCUGUUCCCAUCAGUUCGAAGGAAUUUGUCAGACAAAUCCAGAGCAGUGGACUGGUGGUGAUGCUGUCCCAGGUUUGGAUUGAAGAGCUGUACCAUCAAGUUCUCGAAAGGAACCUGCUGGGUGAGGCCGGUUACUGGGGUGCCCCUGAGGAGCACACCCUGCCACUCAUCACAAUGCUCACCGAUAUUGAUGGCCUUGGGAGCACUGCCAUUGGAGGUCAGCUAAUUCGCAGACCUAUGAUGCAGUCUUCUCUUUCCCAAAACAAAGCUGGAGAUGACUCGGCAGUGGCAGGAGUGGUUUUUGCCCGAUACAUUCUGAUUGGCUGCUGGAAAAACCUGAUUGACACCUUAUCGGCACCGCUGACUGGACGCAUGGCAGGGAGCUCCAAAGGCCUGGCUUUCAUUUUGGGUGCAGAAGGUGUGAAGGAGCAAAACCAGAAGGAGCGGGAUGCAAUCUGCCUAAGCCUGGAUGGGUUGAGGAAGGCGGCAGGACUCAGCUGUGCCUUAGGGGUUGCUGCCAACUGUGCCUCUGCUUUGGCUCAAAUGGCAGCAGCAUCGUGUGUGCAGGAAGACAAGGAGGAAAAAGAAGCCCCAGAGACGAGUGAUACUAUAUCUCAAGUGAAGCAGAAAGUGGAGCAGAAACUGGAGCAAAUCGGGAGACCUCAAGGCGUGCGUCUGCACACAGCCCACGUCCUCUGCAUGGACGCCAUCCUUAAUGUGGGACUGGAAAUGGGGAGUCACAACCUAGACUGCUGGCCCCAUGUCUUCAGGGUCUGCGAAUUUGUCAGCACCUUGGAGCACUCUCAUUUCAGUGAUGGCACCUCCCAACCUCCUGUCACCAUCACUCAGGCUCAGCAGGCAGUGGACUUGGCGCUGGAGCUCCCCCAGGAACAUGUCUCAGAGCAAGACCUGACCCUCAGCCACCCUGUCAUUCAGCCGUUAUCUAUUCAAGAGCUCAUCCGAGAAACAAGCAAGGGCAAAAUGUUUGACUUCCGAGGAGGAAGCCUGCUGAGCGGCAACAGCGCGGCCAAGGCUGUGUGCACGCUUUCCACCCAAGUUGACAGGUUAUUUGAGGAUGCGGCAAACAAAUUAAACUUGGCUGCUUUGAUCGGAUUUCUUCAACAACUACGAAAAGCCUCCCAGGCCCAGCUCUUCAACUCGGUGCCAGAGGCAUUGGACUAUUCAUUGAUAAUGCCAGAAGCCAGGUCAACUCAAGAGAGGAAGAGUGUGCUUCAUCUCUUCCGCCUGGGAGAUGUAAUGUUACGGAUCGUCAGGAGCAAAUCACGUCCAUUACUUCACAUGAUGAAAGCCUGGAGUGUCGUGUCUUCUCAUUUAGUGGAGGCUGCUUGCCACAAAGAGAGACAUGUUUCCCAAAAGGCUGUGUCCUUCAUACACGACACUCUCACUGAGGUCCUGUCCAACUGGCAUGAAUUGCCUCAUUUCCGCUUCAAUGAGGCCUUGUUUCGCCCGUUUGAGCGCAUUAUGCAGCUGGAGUUAUGUGAUGAAGACGUGCAGGACCAGGUAAUCACUUCCAUCGGUGAACUGGUGGAGAUGUGCUCUCCUCAGAUCCAGUCUGGCUGGAGGCCUCUCUUCAGUGCACUGAGGACGGUGCACAGUAAUAAGUCUGAGGUCAAAGACUACCUUGUUGGAGAGUACUCAACGGGAAAAUGUCAGGCCCCUGUGUUUGAUGUCUUUGAGGCCUUUAUCAACACAGACAACAUUCAAGUGUUCGCCAAUGCUGCUACCGACUACAUUAUGUGCCUUAUGAAUUUCGUCAAAGGGUUAGGUGAAGCGGACUGCAAGGAAAAUGGAGACUGCGGUCAAGGUGCUGGAUGUGCUUCAACAGAUUUAUGCCUUCCUGCUUUGGAUUAUCUACGGAAGUGUUCACAGCUGUUGACCAAAAUUUACAAGAUGCCAUCCAAACCGCUGUUCAUUCGUGUAGGCCACCCAAGAACACCCUUGCGAACUCAAGAGAGGUCAACAAGUAGUGAGGAUGGGGUGGAAUCCAUUCUUGCCGACUUUGAUGACAAUACUGGUCUGAUUCAAGUGUGGAUAUUGCUACUAGAGGAGCUCACCAAUGCUGUCUACAACUGUCCACGUCAGCAUCAGCCCCCCACACUGGACCUGCUCUUUGAGCUGCUCAGAGAAGUCACCAAAAUCCCAGGACCUGGAUUUGGAAUAUUUUCUGUUAUUCAGCUUCUUCUGCCUGUGAUGACGCUAUGGCUGCAGCGCAGUCAUGGGAACCACUCCUACUGGGAAGUUGCUGCCUCAAACUUCAAGCAUGCCAUUGGUUUGUCAUCUGAGUUGGUGGUGGAGCAUAUUCAGAGUUUUAUCCAUUCAGAUAUUGGUUAUGAAAACAUGAUCAACCUCAUGCUGAAAGAUCUUUUCAAGCUUUUGGUAGCCUGUGUUGCAGAACCAACUGAAACAAUCUCAAGAGUGGGAUGUUCCUGCAUUAGAUAUGUUCUUGUUACUGCUGGCCCAGUCUUUACAGAGGAGAUGUGGAGGCUGGCCUGCUGUGCCCUCCAGGAUGCAUUUUCUGCCACUUUAGAACCAGUCAAGAACCUCCUUGCUUGCUUCCACAGCGGCUCAGACAGUUUCACUGGAGACGCCUGUGAAGUGAAGGUAGCAGCUCCUUCUCAUUCACCUACUGCCGAAGCAGAAUAUUCGAGAAUUCGUGCCAUGGCCCAGCAGGUUUUCAUGCUCGAUACUCAGUGUUCACCUAAAACACCAAACAGCAAGGAAGGCUUCGAGCAUGCCCAGUCAUGUGUUCUUAUUAUUGAAUUGCCUGGUAAUCAGAAAUCAAACGGCCACACCCAGAAAAGAAUACCAUUUAGAACAAUAGUAGUCAGCUUGCUUUCGCACCAGGUGUUGCUUCAGAACCUUUAUGACAUUCUUUUAGAAGAAUUUGUGAAAGGCCCUUCUCAGGUGGAAGGCCAGGAGAAGACUACCCCUCUACUGGAAACAAAGCCAGCAGGGUUCCUGAGAUACAUCUCAAUGCAAAACCUGGCCAUAAUAUUUGACUUGUUGUUGGAUUCCUAUAGAACAGCUAGUGAUUUUGACACAAGACCAGGCCUGAAGUACCUGCUUAUGAAGGUGUCAGGAGUUUGUGGAGCAGCAAAUCUCUAUCGGCAGUCUGCCAUGAGUUUUAAUAUUUACUUUCAGGCCCUCGUCUGUGCAACCUUAACCAACCAAGAGAACAUCACCGCUGAUCAAGUUAAAAAAAUACUUUAUGAGGAAGAAGAAGGCAGUACAGACUCUUCACAGCAGUGCUCCUCAGAAGAUGAAGACAUUUUUGAAGAAACUGCUCAGGUCAGCCCUCCAAGAGGCAAAGAAAAGCGCCAAUGGAGAGCCACAAUCCCCUCCCUAAGCAUCCAGCCGAUUAGCAAUGCUGAUUGGGCUUGGUUGGUCAAACGUCUCCACAAACUUUGCAUGGACCUUUGUAAAAACUACAUCCAGAUGCACCUUGACCUAGAGAGCAACAUGGAUGAACCGCCUGUUCUGAAAGGCGAUCCUCUGUUCUUCUUGCCACUUUUUCCUUCGGAAACGUCUACCCCCUCUACCGGGGGUCUCUCGAGCAAAGGAACCCCAUCAGAAGAACUUGGACGAAGCCAAGUUGGUGAGACACCUGGGGAGGAAACACCAAGCACAGGCCCCUGUCUGACACCACUGAGCCAGAAAGGAGAAAAGAGAGAACAGGGCAAAAAGAAGGAGUGGUGGGAGAGUGCUGGAAAUAAACUGUAUACCAUUGCAACAGACAAGACUAUCACUAAGCUCAUGAUCGAGUAUAAAAAGAGAAAGCAGCAGCACAACCUGACUACUUUUGUGAAAGAGACAAAGAUGGACAAGAAAGGGGAUGGCAUCAACCUACGAGGUCCAGAUUCUCCGAGACCCCAAAGACCUCAACAUCUGGUGGAUCAAGGGACAAUGAGACAUUCCUUCAGUGCUGGUCCAGAGGUUCUGAGGCAGGAGAAACGCCCCCGCUCUGGUUCAACAGCUAGCUCCCAUAAUAUAUCUUUAAGAGAUGCUGAAGCCCAGAUACAGGCCUGGACCAAUAUGGUUUUAACCAUGCUAAACCAAAUCCAGCUGCUUCCGGACCCCACCUUCAUUGCUCUACAGCCAGCUGUGUUUCCAUGCAUCAGUCAGCUGACGUGUCACGUGACGGACAACGAGGUUCGCCAAGCUGUGAGAGAGUGGCUGGGAAGGCUGGGCAGAGUCUAUGAGAUUAUUGUCUGAGGGUCAUUUAGAGUGACUUGGAGAAAAGAUGACCAAGAAGCCAAGCUGCAUUUUUGUUCCUUUUGUGAUGAGCUGUACUCUUGUCGAGCUGUGUAACUACACAAGGUAUAGAUGGUGUAUUUUUAUCAUCAUCCUACUGAACUUUUGAAAUUUGUGUUGAACCUCAAAAAUGAGUAAAAUUUCAUAAGCCAUAGAUGGCCUGCAUAUACUUAAGAGACAUUAUUUAUCUUUUUAAUUUAUGCUCGCUAGCUCGUUUUGCACCAUAUUUGCAGCUGGACCCGCAGUGUUUUACUGGCCGUGUCCAUUCUUUUCAGGUAUGAUGUGGAAAAGAAAUGUGUGUGCCACCUGAAACACCCCUUGAUGCUAAACCUGUCAGUGCCAGUGUUUCUACGCUGAUUGUAGAGCGGCGCAUUUUAUAAUCAAACAAAUGGCUCACUUGUACUAAUUGAUGCCCAGAAGCAGUGUAGGCUUUGGUGAUGUCACAUUCUUGCAUCUGCGUCCUACUCCAGUCUUCUUUGUCAUAGGCCUGCUUGAGCUGGCACACUGUUCACCAGUGUCCUUAAUUCCAGUGUGCCAGACUGUCUUGUGUGGACAUUAAUUUUAAGUAUACCUGCCAGCCUCCAUCUUUUAACGUGAUUAUUUUAUUUGUGUAACAUGCAUGCAGUUUAAGCAAUGAAUAUGCUAUAAUUACUAAAACAGUGAUUAUGGUGUGGGGAUCAUUUGUAGUUUCAGCAAUAUUGACUGUUAGAUACCUGCAUUUUAUGUUCAAAAAAAAAAUAAUAAAUCAGAAGACAGAUCUAUUAAAUCUCCUCCCCAUUGUGGCAUUAAAUAUUCAUGUAUGUUAAAGUGCUUUUAAAAUCUAAUAUUUCAAAUCCUUCACCCUGAAAAAGAUACUGGCCAGUCAGGGAUCAUGGAAGAGUUGCUUGAUGUCUGUUCUAUAGGUGACUUAAAAAAUGUUAAAAGUACUUUGAACGUGUACUUUAGUGUCUACUUCAUCUUACUAAAUUUUCAUAUCAGUAUGCAUGUGUGAGUAUGGACAAAAAUGAAUAUUCCACCCCAAAAUAAUAUUGUUUUAAUACUUCAAGGUGGGUGUCGACAAUAGUCGACACAUAAAGAAUUGAGGGUUAACCACCAGGAAAAAUCACCUAAAAUGUAUUAUAUAGUUCCAUUCACUAGAUGGCAGCAAAGACAAUGAAUCGCCACUCAUUUUCAUUACAGCAUGGCGUCAAAUGCCAGCAGCCGCUCUUGUCAAAAGAAGUCCCUUGAUAGAGAGGUGUUGUGUGUUGUUGAUGACUCGGAUUCUGCACUGUCAGAUGAGGAUUUUGACCUGUCGGAGGAGAGUGACAAUGAGAGUGCUGAAAAGCUGUUUUGUUAGUUUUAUGUUUUUCACAAAUAACAAUAUGUUACUUUCCCAGUAGUAUUUGUAGUGAUGGUCAAGAAAAAUGUUUAAUCACAUGUUUUCAUAUAGAUCAGAGAUAAUCAUUUUGAUACAAUGGGUACCAGCGAAGACCAACGGUAAACAUCCAGAAACAACAUUAAGCAACAAAAGUGAAGCAUGUUCACACAAUUUUGAGAUUUUCAUUGGUCAGGAGCCCUGUCUUGAAUUUCAAAACUCAAAAUUGCUUCACUGCGUCGUAGCAAUGACAGAACUUCAAUUCCCAGCAGCAUCAGGAUCGCCGUGUAAUGAGGUAGCUUCAACUGUUCACUCCGGGGCUGCUGGGAGAAAGAAAACAAGGUGCUGAAGUUCAAAGGAACACUGAAGGGAUUAGCAUGAUUGUCUUUGGUGUAAUGCUAUAGCUCCCACUACUGCAACAAACCAUUCAUUUUGAAUGACAAUUACUCACACCUUAAAAAUUUCAAGUUUUUCAGGAAUCUUAUCCUGUGCCGGGUUUGUUCUUGUGAUUUCAUCUGGUUUGGAAGUCAUCAUUCACUGAGCACACACCAUCCAUUACAACUCAUCAUUGAACAUUUAGAAUCACAGUAGGACUCUAUUACAUCUCUUUCAGAAGGUUGUUUGAAUUUUAUCCAUUCUUCCAUAACAUCUGUGAAAUUGGACUGUGUUUGUGAGUUUUUACUGUUCAUCAUCAACUGGCAUUGUUUAAUUGGUCCGUUGUCACUGUCGCAGUUUAUUAUGGCGGUUUUCUGCAUGUGUGUUUUUUUUUUUUGUUAUUUAUUCAAUACAUUCUUUUUAAUUUAUUUAAAUGAACACUUUGUUACUGGUGGGUGAGUUUGGAUGUGUUCCUGGUGUCCCCUAAAUAAAAAUUACAGCUGCUACAACAACUCACUUUUGUGCACUACUCUUGUUUUCCUAAAGUAUCGGACACUAUUUUAUCAAAUCACACAGCAUUUUGGAUAUUCGGAGCAUACAUCUGAAAAAUUGACGUGUGUAUUAUGCAACAGGACUAGCCUGAGAUGUUUUGAUGGAAGUUUUAACCUUGUUUGCUGCUGUUUAGCAUUGAGCCCUCCUAGGUCCUAUUGGAGCCCAUUGUGUUAGAAACUUUGUUUUCCAUAAAAACAUGAGAUUGAUUUUUUUUUUUCUUUGUCAUUAUUAUAAAUGAAACAGGGUAAAUAACAGAUUAAAAAAAAAGUAUCAAUUUUGGGUGGAGUAUAAGACUUGGUUAUAUACAGUGCAGGACUAUGAAUGGCGUUCUGUAUGUGACGCUGGCAAUAUCACUGUCCAGUGCAAAAAUGUUAAAAGCAAAAAAUAUUAAAAACAUUUUGUCGAAGCCCUCUGUAAAAUAAAUAUUGACCAAAAAUUGUGAAUUAAAAUUCUACCUGUUAACAAAAUGGAGCUGCAGUAGACCACCCUGUCAGUGAUGCUCAGGGUAGCUCAUCAGCUUCAAGGAAAUGAACAGAAUCAUGUGACCCUUUUGUUAGGAAGGAACUCAAUCUGCGCGAUAAUGUGUGAGGUAGUGGAGGAAAAUCACUGGAAAAUUGUGUGCGUAAAGAUGUACUUUUACUUGUUUUUUUUUAACUUUAAAAUGAGUAUGCUGCAUUAAUGACAAUUGACUGCACGUAAUUUAAAAAUUGGGUGCGCACAAUGUUUGCUAAAAUGCGUUUCCCAUCCUCACCCUUCACAAACAUUACAGGACAAGAGAACAUUUGAUUUCUCAAAUCGGUGCCUGUAGACAGCAUCAACAAAUUGAUUUACAAAACUAAACAUUCAAUUCAUCCAACUACAGAUAUUGCACUGGAUGACUCCAAAGAACAAGUCACAUCGGUCAAAACUGGAAUUGCUAUGAAAAAUGAGUGCAAAAGAUCCAAAUCAGACAUAUCGUUAUACGGCAAAAGUUUGGAUUUGAAUCCAUGAACUCAGAUGAGGAAAUAACUUUGAAGGUGAACUUUUAUCCCAAUGUGACAUUAUUGGCACUUCACAGUCGCAGAGGACACACCCUUAACAACAUUGCUGUCCUGACAAUGGGAGCUCAGAAUGAUCCCACUGGUAAAUAAUCAAAAUUGUAGCUAAAACAACCCAAAUGAAAAUACAAAACCAUAACUAAGCCAUAAGGCGAGAAACUAAUGUCAUCACCAGAAUCCUUGAGGUGGAUCACACAAGAAGAGCAAUAAAAAAAUUAUAUGAAUGAAAAUGCCUUUAGUGCAGCAAUGACAGGAUGGGGUUUUAUUCAGAGAUAAACUCUAACAAAGAAGCUCAUUGUCUAUGGAAAUGUGCAUGAGAAGACAAAGGUAGAUGUUGUUUCUUGUGUUAAAUAGUGGUUCUCAUUUUCUCCACUCGUUUGACCUCAGAAGCAGUCUUUUUGACGUUCACCCCUACGAUUCCCAGCAAUAUGUUGUAAAUUCCAUGGAAGUUGGUCAGAAGAGCCAAGUGAUUUGCCCAUUUUCAGAGGAUACCUGCUGUUCUCUUUACCACUUCAUUUUUUUCUAAGCAUUUUAAAAAUGCCCUAAUUUGACUGUUCCAAUACUUUAACACAGAAAAUAAUUACUGGCAGAAAAGAAGACCAGCAGCCAACUAUAUGAAUGAGGAAAAGCCCAAUACGAAUUACUUCACUGGCAUCUCUUAUGGUUCCUUGCAGCCCAUGGACCAUCCUGAAUUUUCUAGUUUUUAUUAACUGGGUUAUUUUGAGCAACGCAUCGCAGGGAGUUGAUCUGAUCUUAAAAGUUUUAAAUAAGUCAUUGAGUCUUAGCUGUUCUCUGCUAGACAAGAAGCUUUUGUGUUUUCAGUCAUCUUGGCACGUGAGAUGAGAUUUCUAAGAAGUGCAGGACUUUUCAUAGUCCAGCCCAGAUAUUUCUCCAUUGUGCCAUUCACAAUCCUUGUGCCGCUCUGCUCAGAUUUCCAACUUGAAGGUCACAUAAAUCCCAGAGAUUUAGCCCCUGAAAGCUCAAUACUAGAAAAAAUGAAAUAGCCUUGGAUUCUCAGAUUGUAAGAGCAAAAUCAGGACCAGCACUGUCAUGAUAGUUUUUAAAUUUUUAUUAAUUUUUUUCCAGCCUUGAAGCAUUUUGAGGGUUAUAUAGGUCAAGUAAUUUAAUGCUCUGUCAUGUUUUUUUUAAUUUAGGAUAUGAUCCUUAAUUUUGAAAUAUAUCUUCCCAAGGUGCUGUUUUGUUUUUAGUAUCGUACCGCCAUUUUUCCGCUGUUAAUAAUGCAGGAUUGGCAAGUUGUUGCUGGACAAGACAUUCAGGACCAUGUGACUCAUGGCAGUGUAUAGGUCAGUAUCAUACGCUGCUUUAUUGUCUAAGGUAUGUGACUAAUUUAAAACUUAAAACUCUAGUACCUUUGUUUUUAAAUCUCCCUGGCUACAACUUGUUUUCUGUUCUUCGAUUUUGACUUUGGCAACGUGAAAUAUUCGGGUUUUUGAAGCUCCCACUACGAUUAUAUCUCACAUCCUGGACACUCAUUUCUUUGAAUCUCAUCCUCCCAAGUUUCCACUUUAGCUCAUUAUUAUUACUGUUACAUUCCAUCUCCUGAUAGUUAGAACCAGUGCUUAUUUUGUAAACAGAAAGGUGGUGGUACACGUAUGUUGCAUUUGGAUCACGUCUCAGGUACUGCAAAGGUGUAUAGAUAGAGGCCAAGAGACCUAGCACUACAUGUUUUGUUUAUUUGAUGAAAUAUAACCUUUAAAAUUUGAAAUUGACAAAUCGUCAAGUGUACCGUACUGCAUAAUAUUGUGUUUGACAGUUUAAAAUUACAAACACAGAAUUUCCAAAAUUGAAUAUCAACUGCAAGUUAAUCACGAAUGCUGCAUUCUACAUAAAAGUUGUUAUGCAGUCUUGCAAAACAAUAAAAGCUUAAAUUGAGUGUUUUAAAGAAAAUUCUCAACUUUUUUUCACGUUUUCAUCAAAUGCAGUCUUUCUGAUUCGCUCUUUGCUUUGAGUGUCAAUGGCUGAUCAUCGUCCUCGUAACAGCCAUAAAUUAACGUAUCUUGUAAGAUCGAAGCGUGUGAGUGCGGGGCCAAACAAUCGUAUGAAGAGAAGUGCGGAGACAGUGCUUAUCAGUAACAAGGCCUACUUGAUGAAACCGGAGUACAACUAAGACUGCACACAAUUCUUUAUAGAAUCAUUUAAUAUGUAGUCGAUGCCACGACCAGUUAUCAUGGCUAGAGUACCAUCAUAAAAAAAAAAA